CUCUCUGGAGCAGCGCCGGCCCAUUGUCGGGGGACAGUUCCUGACAGGACACCGUCGCGCGCGCCCGCCGACCCGCAGCUCACGCACACGCAUACACACGCAAGCUGGAAGACGCCGGCGUGUAGAUUUUCUAUUACGCAACCUACCCACAGUGCAGUGCGUGCGCGAUGCGACAUGUCUACAACGAGUUCGUCGCCUACCGCAGAUAGUACAGCUGUCGCCGAUGACAUUGCCGCGGAGCGAGAGUGAUUGUUGUUGAUAGCGUAUACCUCGUAGGGAAAGCUUUGCGAUUCAGUGCGCGGGAGAGUCGAGGAGAGUCGAGUCAGUGCACACCGAGAGAGAGAGAGAGAGAGAGAGAGAGAGAGAGAGAGAGAGACCGGAGCCGCAAGUAUUAUUGCCUUCAGAAGCGGCAGCUCGGUGCGGGUCGAGGCCAUCAGCAGCGAGCAGCAGGAUGAUAUGAGCACGAUCGGCAGGCUAAGGAUGUCCUCGAAGAGGAAGUCGCCACCAACAAAGUUAUCGGAGGGCGGGGGUGGUCAGCAAGGGACGGUGGCGGGCGCCGAGGAGGAGGAGGACACGAGCUCGUCCCUGGCUUGCCCCGGCGGCGAGCUGCAGACGGGCAACUGCAUCAGCUCCGACGAGUCUAUCGUCCUCAUUCACAACAACAACAACAACAACAACAACAACAACAACAACAGCAGCAGCAACAACAACAGUAGCAGCAACAACGCCACAGCCGAGGCGGAGGAUAACCCGCAGCAGGCGCCGAGCUACCCCCUAGCGCCCGGCGAGUCGUCCGGCUGCUCGUCCCCCGCGACGACGAGCGAGCCCGAGAUCUGCUCGUCGCCGUCGCCGAGCUCGCCGCCCGCGGCCAAGCGCCAGAGGCUCCAGCUGCUGCUGGGGGCCGUGGCCGCCGUUGCCGCGGCGACCGGACCCGACGGCUACCACCCCCACCACCCGCACCACCACCCGCAUCACCACCACCACCACCGGACGAACUCGUCCUCCGGCGGCCAGCAGCAGCAGCAGGCCCAGGAGCAGGCCGCGAGCUCCUCGGAGUGCGGCUCGCCGCCCGCGCUCCUGCUGCCCGCGGAGCACCCCUACCACCCGCACCACCAGCACCACCUCCACCACCACAACAACAACAACACCGUCAUCCAGAACAACAACAACGGCACGGGUCCGACGAGCACGCCCGGCGGCAAGCGCUCCAUGGACGACGUCCUCAAGAGACUCACCUGUAAGAUGAACAGCGGCUCUCUCUCGCUCGAGGACGCCAACAGCAGGCGGACGCCGCCGCCCUCCUCCACGCCCACCAGCCACAACACGCACAGCAGCAGUAGUAGCCUGGCGAACAGCGUGGCGCCGUCGCCCACGGAGCGAACACAGAACGCGGACACGGGUCAGCUGGAUCACAUUCGCCGGACAUUCAACCCCGAAAGCUUGACCGAGCGCGAGAUAGCCGAGACAAUCCAGCAUCUGACGCUGAUACUGGAACUGAAGAAACAGCAGGAGUCUAUGAAGUUCAACCAAUCGCACAUGGCCGUGGACUCGGCCAAGCAGAUGGAGCUGCACCGGCUGCAGAGCGAGCAUGUGAAGCGUCAGCAGGAGCACAUGCUCAACAUCCAGGAGUUCGCCAAUCUGCAGGCCCAGCUGAGCAAAGGCCAACUCGCCGGUUUGACUGCUCCGCAGUCCCUCAUGUUCCUACCGUUUAUAGACCAGCUCAGGGGAAUGCCCCUGUCCUCGCCUGCCAUGCCACCGCCCACCUCCACGGCCACCACCGGAAACAAGCAUCACAGUCAUAUCAACUCCAUUGCUAGCAUGAUAAGCAGCCACCGCGACGGCCCGAGCUGGGCGACGCAGCACCUCGGCCAGAUGUCGAACGCGCAGCUGGACAAGGACCGGCCAGCAUCGCCCAGCGUCCCGGCGGUGCCAACGACACCAUCGCCGGCGCCGCCGACGCCCCAGGACCCCGACGCGCCGCUCAACCUCAGCAAGCCCAAGUCAUCCUCGUCGUCCGCCGCGACGGCGGGCUCGUCGCCGGGCAGCGACGCCCAAGGGCCCACCGCGGCCGCUUCCAAUAACCAGCAGCAGCAGCAGCAGCAGCAGCAGCAGGAACAGCCCCUCGCUGCCACCGCGCCGAAACUCUUCCCCGCCAGCUUGCCCAUGCCCAGGAACUACCUGUCCAGUUUGCCAUACGCCGGGCUGCCGCCACACCUCAGCUCGCUGUCCACGCCUAUGGGCAAGAUGCCGAAGGAGGAGAACAGCGGAAGGGAGGCGGGAGGUGGGAGCGCGCCCUCGGGCUCGGCAACCGCGGCGGCCGUCGCCGCGGUCGAGAAGCACUUCGCCAUGCACGGGAUCUACGGAAUGCCACCCCCGAGCACCGGUGCGAUGCCACCCUCGCCGCAGCAGCAGCGCCAGAUAAAGCACUCGUCGGCGAGGGACGAGCCGCCGCCCGAAGACGACUUCCUCUCGUUGCACGUGUGGCGCGACUCGGGCUACAAGGUGACGGAGGACAUUGCGGAGAAAGCGAAAAUGGUGAGACAGCAGAAGAGAGAGGGCGAGAACAAACCACAUAUCAAGCGGCCGAUGAAUGCCUUCAUGGUCUGGGCCAAGGACGAGCGUAGGAAAAUCCUCAAGGCCUGCCCGGACAUGCACAACUCGAACAUAUCCAAAAUACUCGGUGCUCGGUGGAAGGACAUGUCGAACUCGGAGAAGCAGCCGUACUACGAGGAACAGUCGCGGCUGUCGAAGCUGCACAUGGAGAAGCACCCGGACUACAGGUACAGGCCUCGUCCGAAGCGCACCUGCAUCGUCGACGGCAAGAAGAUGCGCAUCUCCGAGUACAAGUCGCUGAUGCGCCAGCGUCGCAACGAGAUGAGGCAGCUCUGGUGCAGGGACGGUGGCCCCGAAAUGGGCUUCCUCUCGCCGGUCCAGUCGGAUCUCAGCGGGGGGCAGCAGCCGCAGCAGCACCCGAGCGGCGCAGGUCCAUCGGCUCGACCGUCCGUCUCGCCACCAGCCACUCUGCUCAACGGCGCCGCGGGAACGAGCUCCGAUCACCCCUCCUUCUACUAUCCCCAGGACAGCCUCAGUCCCACGGACGUGAUGAACUUCUCGCCGGAUAACUCGGGCUCCAUGGGUGGCUACGCCAGUCCCCGGCACCACGCCGACGAGGAUUGAACCGUAGCUCCGGGUCAGCCAGCGAAUAUCUGGCAACCCGGAGCAACCCGUCUCGGAGGCCACGAUCUCUACUGGUAAAGAAGACCGGACGAGCGGUUUUCCUCUACCCGCCAGCUCAAGCAGACAAGCUUUCUUCUCUGCUCCUUCAGAGCCUUCUCUUUUACUCUGUGUCUCUGUUAGUCUGUUGUUUCUGCAGUGCGCCGUCUCAAGCCGGCGCGCCCGACAGUUCUUUCUCUUUGGUUGUGAUGUUAUAUUACGUAGACGGAGAAGCCGCAUUAUAUAUCUCUGACAGUGCCAUCGAGCGGGCUGCGAGAUACGCCCAGCCGUAGACGCGCAAGAGUCGAGAUUCCCAGAGAAGAAAAGACGAUUAUAACGAUAUACAGACUUUUCCAAAAGAGACAGCCAGUUUUUGCGUAAACGGUGGUGGAACGUCAGAACUCUACGUGGCCGAAAGUGUUGAUUUUCGAAAAGUCGCACGAUCGUCGGGGAGAUUCGUUGCGAUGAAUAAAGUCGUUUAGGGAGAAAAAUCAAACAAGGGCAUCUCGGGAGUCGGAAGCCGACGAAACAAGUGAAGGGCAUCAAUGCAAGGGAGCGACUCGUAUUUCUACGAUUGCGUAUAGCGAAAAUAAUACGUAGAGUUAGCGUGCGUGAGAAACUUCACGAGAGGCGGCCCGAGUGCGGGAAACGGGUCGACCUUUAAAUGAUAAUCAAAAGUGCAACCAAGAAGAAACGUAAAUGUGAUAAGAGGUUUUUUCGCCGUUACACACAUAUUGUACGUACGUAGCAAAGGAAAGGAUGAACAUGGGCUGUAGGAAACGGAAAAGCAAGGGGCCUACGCUUCGGAACUUGAGGAUCACCUCCUCGUGGGAAACGAAAAGAAUAUGUGCGACUGCGCUCUAAGAACUUAACGGAUCUUCGCCUCGAGAGCGGGAUUCGGACCCUCGAUGAGUGGCGCGUUCUCCAAAGGAAAUCCCAGUGGAAAUUUUUGAAAAUGCAAAAAGAAAAUUCUCAGACUUUUCGCGUGAGCAAAAGAAAAUAAACAAAAAGUAAUAAUAAUAAUACUAAUAAUAACAUUUUCCAUAUGUUUCGAACAAUUGCACAAAACUUUCUCCGUCGAGAAGGCAAAUCUUGUUCCUAAUACCUAUUUAGUGUGUCUAAAAGAGCGGCACGAGGCCAGAAAAAGUCAGUCGACUUGAAAAUGGUAUGAAGGUGCUGGCCGCGUAUCGUUUCGAAGCGUCGCAUACAUUAUAUACGUAAUAUAUCGUAAACAUAUAUAUACAUGUACACGUAUGCAAAUUCGCAUCGCCACUACACAGCACCUGAACAGUUUGUCUAUGUAAUCAAAGCGCACCCUGCCUGGUUUCACUUUCGGAAACGCGAAUUAGAACGCGGUCCCGCAUUCUUUUUCUACACGCGAUUCAUUUCAUCAUAUCUAGCUAAAAAUAAUUGUACGAAAAAAAAGUUAGUUAUUGUGUAGAUACUUUCGGCGAUAGAGAGAUAUAAAUGAUGACCCGAAGCAAGUGAAACGACGUCGGUGGUGUUUCGACUUUUACACGUUAGAUUACUAGUAAUCCGAGGUUCGAAAGAGUGCGGAAGAAGGGAAAAACAAGGGGAUUCUGAACAAAGAGCAACCACGACGAUUCCAUGCGUAUUAAAAUGCGCUUUAGUACUUAGAUAAACAAAUUUUCGAUAGUAAUUUAUUAAGCCCUUGGACAUUAAAAAUGCGCGAAUUGAGCAAAGAAUCGAGGACGAGAGAAAAAUGAAAGGAAUGAGACGAAAAAUAUUGUUGCGUAUUCGUACGGUUGAUCUGUUGAGUCGGUGUUACUUGUUUAAUUAUUUAAAGUUUUACUUUUUACAUUUAGAACAUAUAGUAGUUUUAAAAAUUGUCUCUGUUAAUAACGGCGUGAUGUUUGAACGCAAGAAAAUGUUUAGGGGUUUUAUGUGAUAUUUUUAUCAUAAAUACUUAUGUGCCAAAUAGCGUUUUUUCUUGCGUUAUUGGGACUAGUCGAAAAGGCAAGUAUUUCACUUUCAAAGCAUCGAUUUUCAAUUGGCUUUUUAUUGUUUUUUCGUUGUUUGCAACAAGCAGCGUAUGCGAAGUACAUUUGAAAUGGAGAUGGAAAGUAGAAUAAAAAGCUCUCAGCCUUCAUUUUUCUCGCUCUCGAACCUUCACUCGCUCGAUUUAUCACUUCGCAUCUCCCUUAACUUAUGUGCAAUCUGUGCAAUUUUAGGAUAAAGAAGGUACCUAAUAUAAUUUUUACAAAGAGAGCCAGUAUCUUCGAUGAGAAAAACAGUUGAUAAAAGAGAGAAAGCCUGCCACGGUGUAGUCCGUGCGUAGUGCGAGGUGUUGCUUAUACCGACGACGAGUGAAAAGUCGAAAAAUCGUAAGAAAAUGAAUUGAGAGGAUUAGUAAAACAAAGCAAAUAACGCCACUAGCGCUGGGUGGCAGGCGGGAUAGCUUAAAUGUUGAUAAUAAUUUAUUUUAUGUAUAUAAUGGAUUUGUACAAUGGGCCGCGACCGAGGCCCGGCACGACUCGACAUUAUUAAUGCUGAUGCGAGAGGUGAAGAAAAAAAAUGACGGCGCCGACGUGGCAAGUGCGUCUAUAUUACUACGAUAUAAUUAUUGUACAGUGUAACUAUAUUACUUGUGAUGUACCUAUACGUAGCUGUAUGUGUAAAAUUAUUCGAGAAGCAAACCUUAUAGACUAUAUAAAUAUAUAUAAAUAUAUUAUAUGAAAUACCGUUACUCAUUGUACGACAACAAAUCUUAUUGCUUAUAUCGUCAUUAUUAUUGGCUCUCAUAAAUAAUUAUUGCUAUUCUUUAUUAUUAUAUUAUUAUGAAAUUAUUAUUUUAUUAUUAUCAUUAUUAUGCCGAUUAUCGUCAUUAUCGAUACCAUUUUAUUAUCAUUUUUAAGCGUUUAGAAAUUAACUUUUCAUUGUCCCUAGCGAUAGAAAACGGUUGUACGUGCCAGUUUUGUUCUGAACGACGCAUUCGAAUAAUUGCCGCUCGAAUUUCCGACGCUCGAUCGCCUUUGCGUUUUUUUCUGUUUUGUUUUUUUUUUUUAUAAUCAAAUAAAACUAUUGGGUGUCGUUCGAUUUAUGUACUGGAUGUAAUUUUUAAGUUUUAUAUUUUAGUCUUUUAAUUGCAGAAAUUAUGUUUGUUAUGAAACCGGUCUCUGAAAUGCAUUCAGCAUUUGCGAGUUUGAAUUGAAACUCUAGAAAUUUUUCUAUUGAAUCUCUGUACACAUUUAAUUUAGUUAAUUACACGAAAAAAAAAUUUCUUCAAUAAGUACUUCUUUAGCGUUAAUAAAAAUUGAUGCAUUACUCGGAUGAGGAUGUUUUUAAAUAUUUUAUAGUUCGUAAUGACUUUUUUAUGAAAAAUUUGUUGACUUUUUUUUAUAGAUCAAUCAAUAGCUUUAAAUAUAUUACUUAAACUCAAUUGCGGCUUUAAACUGACAUUCUGACAUUCACUCCAAUCAAUUUGUAAACAUUAUCCGACGCCUAAUAGUUUUGGUUUACUUAAAGCUAAUAGACGACAUAUAUAAUAAUAAAACUAUAUAUAUAACACACAGCUUUCAAAAUUUAACACUUUUGGCCAGAUUAUCUAUCGCCAGUCGUAACUUCCAAAGAUCAGUCCUGUCGCAAGGGUAUUAUUAAAAUAAUAAUUGUUAACGAGAAUUUUACUGUAUUUUUAUUUAUGACGACAAAAAUAAUUGUAUGUAGAAGUACAGCUCUGUAUAUUGGUUUUUACAAAUUAAAAAUGUUUUCUGUAUAGCUUUUCUUUAUUUUUUGUUUGUAUCCUAUACGCGAUUACGAAGGCUCAUUUCUAGCAGUAAAUUUGCGUAGAAACUCGAACUUUUGCAUACACAUAUUUUUGGCGUCAACUUUGGCGCUAAUGUAAGAAGGUGAAAGGAAGUAAUCAAGGAGCGAAGGGCCUGCCAAUUCCGCAUUUUUUUAUCAGUUUUCUUCUGUAAUUUUUCCCGAUGUGCCAUAUACGUAACUCUUAUUUUUUUUUUAAACAUUGACGACGUCGUCGAUCUGCAAACUUUUAACAAGGGAAAGAGAUACUAAUAGGCAUAAAAUCACUCUCAAUGUGCCAACGAUGUAGCGAAACGUAUGCGCUCAUCCAUACUCGAUUCAAAAACAAGUUUUGAAGCCGCUUGUUCACUUUUUUCAUGGCACGUCCGUUGUUUUAUUGUUUUUGUAAACGCUUCGAAGAAGCGGAUGAAGAAAAUUUAUAAUUCUGCUCUCGCCGUAGUCAGUCAGCUCUUGAAAGUUAAAAAUCGACAGAGAACGGCUACUUUGUUUUUGAACUCAAAGCAGUAUAAAAGAGAAUACUAUAUAGUAAACAAAAAAACAUUGUAAAGUUCACGCUAUUAAUAUCUCCGUAACGAUACGCCUAAUGCAUUAUUUAAAGAAUAAAAAAGAGAAAUGAAUACGAAAAUACACAUAUACAAAGGCGAACUAACACGCAGUUUUCUCAAAUAUUCCAAGCAUUUCACUACUUCAUUUACAUGUACGUUGUUGUUAAUGAAUAUAAAGAAGAAAAAAAAAUAAAAAAAAAGUAUGAUAAAGUAUAACGCUUUACCGAAAAAUUCAAACCUAGUUUCUAAGUAAUAAACAAGUUACUCCUAGGGACAUGUGCGUAUGAAGGAAGAGAAUUAAAAAAUAAAUGAAAAACGUGUAAAUAGUUGUGCAAAACUACGAAUGAAUGGCGCACGAAGAGCUGUAGAGUAUAACGUAUAACUUUUGGAGCGGCAAAAUCAUUGACAUUCUUAUGGGCACCUUAACACUCGUCCCGCGUUAUAUUUUUUUAUUUUAGUAGUUAAGUUAGUCUUGCGUUGUGUACCGAGCGAGGGAGAAAGAAACAUACAAAAUUUAAACGAAACGAAGAUAAACCAAUCGCGAUACGAGAGGUUUUCUCGAUGAAAUGGUGCUGCUGUCUUGGCUUCACAAGCUCAACGCGUGUUUGAGAUUAUACUUUUAGUUUUAUUAUAAAAAAAAAAAAACGGUGGAAUGUUGCAUGUUAAGUGGGUCUUUGUUCUUUUAACUCGUGAACGGGAAGUGUUAAGGUGAACUGCAUAAAAUACAGACAAACGGACUAUGUAAUAAGUAUAUGCAACGGAAAAGCCACCGCUAGGAAUCACUCGUCCACUUUUAAAUUCCUCAUCUCAGAGUAUACACCCGUGACAUUCGCACGUCACUUGCACAUACAUACACGCACGGUUCGAAAUGACAUUUAUAUAUGCCGAGUAAGUUGUCGCAAUCAACACGUGCAUAUAUCAAAUCGAGACAGUACACGCGCGCGAAAGUUGGCUGUGAAGAAAAAAGAUUCUAUUGAUUUUGCAAUUGUAAUUUUGAAGAGUUUACGAAUACGAAAAUGAUGUGAAACAAUAUGCUGCAUGGAUUGACGAGACAUAUGUACGCGAGCGAAGCGCAGUUUCGAAACCAUUUAAUCUAACUUUCCCUCAAAUUCAUGUACUAAAAAAAUAGAAAAGAGAACACUUUAUGAUCCUGGAUGUGACUUUUCCCCGAGGAUAGUGACAUCGACAAAAUGUACUAUAUCGCAUAGAGAACAGCACUAUUAUAAACAUAGAUAUAUCAUUAUAUUUAUUAUAUAAUAAUUUAAAAGUUAGGUACUCUUUGUUGUUUGUAUUUUACAAGCGUAUUCAUUAUUACAUAUAAAUAAAUAUCUAUAUAAAUCAA